GGCUAGUACUGCUAACUUUGCAUUGCCUCCUAACAAGUUGUGCACUUUCAGAAGAGCUAUGUUCAAGUGAAGAUGACUGUUCAGAAUUUGAAAACUGCGUAUUGGGUUAUUGCAAGUGCAAUUUGGAUUAUGGAGUGACUGCUUGCUCGAACUGUAAGGAAAGAAUACUAGAUUCUAUUAUAUCAAUAUAUUUGUUAUUAAUACGUUCCAAUUUAGCCAAAGAUCUGAUACUGAAAAGGUAUAAAGAACCAAAUGCGUAUGCUGUUAUUCGCACUUUUCAACACAAAUCAUUUGACGAAUGCCUUAGAACUUGUCUCAUUUCGGAAAGCUCCCUAUGCGUUGGAAUUUUAGUAAAAGACAACUUUAACUGCAGCAUUCUCUCUUCAAUUGUAUUUCCUUUAAUAGACCUUGAUUCCGAUACGUUGGUUAUUAGAAAAGGUAGAUAAGCAACAGUAAAAUCAUUCAUGCAUUCAUUACUUCGUUCGUUCGUCCGUUCAAUCAAUCAGCCCUUUAUUCAUUCCUAACUCUAACAAAUACUUAGAUAAAAGAGCUGGAGUUUGCGGUGCUAACGAUAAUGUACAACCAACUCUCAACUAUUGUUUCAUAUUCCUAUGGAAUUUGGCUGGCUGCCCAAAUAAACAAUUUGAUCCUACGCAACAUGAAAAGUCAAUGACUAUUAGGGAGUUCAGCCAAUACGCAGAAACGGUAUACACGAAUAGCAGCAAAAGAUCGGCUCAAGACGGAAAUGGCAAUUAUUAUAGAACACUCUGUUUCGGUUCAAGAAGUUUCAAUCAUCAAAAUGCAGCGUUUGGCAGGCAAGUUUUAUAUUUGGGCGGAUUCACCGACCCGAAAGAUCAUCCAAAUCACGCGGUAGACGGUCUACGUCACAGCAAUACAUCACUAGGAGCGUGCUCUUUGCUAAAUUCGCCUAGUGGAUUGAAUGAAGUAUACAUUAGCGUACGGCUUAUUGGAAUUCAUUCUGUAAACAAAGUUGUCAUUUGGCCAACUAAUCAUCCAACCAAUCAACUAUUUAACAUUUAUACAUUGCCUUACUCUCAUACGUGUCGAAACAACGUUCUACUUGAAUACGAUGAUACGUCAUCGUCACCACCGCCAUCAACAAAAGUGUUUUGCGAAAAUCCUCGACCUGAGAAGAAUCCUAGAGUUACGUUUUACCAAAUUUCGCAAAUCAAACAAAUUCACCUUUGCGAAAUAGAGAUAUUUUCUGCCAAUAUUGCUUUUAACAAACCAGUCGGUUGUAGAUAUGCAUUAGAACCGCCGGAAAUGGUUAAUGACGGAGACUUGAACACCAAGUCGAUUAUUGAAAUUGGAAAAUCUUACUGGCUGUCAAUUAAUCUGCUCGCCUACUAUACAAUCUACGGUUUAGACUGUAAAUUUAAUUUCACAUACUUGAAUCUGCCAACAGAGAUCACCGUUGGAAUAUCGACACAAAAUCCUUCGAUUGCCUUUAAUCCCUUGGAAAAUAGUUUCUGCGCCGAAAUCAAUUCAUAUAGUUCUGUCGGAGACGAUCUGUUUAGAUCGUUAUUAUGCCCGAAAGGUGGCGUCGAUGGUCAAUUUGUUAACUUUUACUCCACUUCUACUGAACCUCAGUUGGUUGAUAUUUAUGAAAUUGAAAUAUUUGGCCUAUAUUUGAGAUCUUUGUAUCUAAAAGAAAGGAAUUUACUGUUGAAUAAACCGGCAUGGUCGUCUUCCUCGGUAGCAGUUGGCGAAUCGUCUUCUUUUAUAACGGAUGGAGUAUAUACUUUACCAUACAAAUCGAUUAAAGAGAGUAAUCCCUGGUCAAGAAUUGAUAUGUUUAAAACCUAUAGAAUACUCUUUAUCGCCAUUGUAAGCGAUCUUCGCCCAUAUCACAAGAAACUGAAUAGCGUCAGCGGACUCGUUACGAACAAUCGUGGUUUCGAUAUUAACCAGAAAGAAUUAUUUAGUCAAGUAUGCUUUACAAACACUGAAAACUUUCUAAGUGGCGAAUAUAGAGGUUGGACAUGCGACCAACCGCUUCCGGUUGGACGCUACGUUGUUGUUUAUUUACCUAUCUCCGUUGGCACUCUUAUAGUUCGAGAAAUUGAGGCCUAUGGAGAGGAAGUUGGUGACGAUGAUAAUUUCUCUCCUUUACCAAUCCUUAAAGCCGAUAGAUAUAGCAAAAAUAUUGACUAUAUUAGCUCUGCAAACAACCAAGAUUUGUUUCCUCUGAAAGCCAUCGACGGCUCAUCCUCUAAUCUCAUCUUUCAAUCUAAUUUUAUUUCGUGUAGUGAAUUUUUAACGAUUGAAAAUGUCGAAGCUAGAUUUACUGUUUAUCUUAAUGAUACUUACCUUAUUUAUCAAAUAGGCGUUCUUCUUCCUUCCAACAGCGGUAAUUAUUGCCUGACAAACAACAAAUCAUUGAAGUUACUAAACUAACAUGUCUUUUUCUUUUCUAUUUUGGAUUAUUAUCACCCAAAAUCAUCAUCUUCAUCAUUAUCGUCUUCUUCUUCUUCUCCUUCUUCGUCAUUAGCAUAUUUUAAAGGAGUUCAAAUAUCGGUAGAAAAUUCAGCUAUGCAAUUCCAUCGGCAAAUUUGCGAUUAUGAAGUGGCUGCAAUGGCAACAUACCUUCUAUACGAUUGCAAAUUGAUUGGCGAUCAAGUGUCCUUUUAUAAAAUUAGCGGCAAUUAUAUAUUACACAUAUGCGAAAUUUACGUUCUGGGCAAUGAAAAAGUCUACAUUUCAAACGGUUUGAAUAGAUGAUUUUGUUGUUUUUUUGUUUGUUCUCCGUUUAUUCAUCCCCAAUCCCUUAACUUACUAAACCAUUGAUAGAUCACAACACAAACAACCUUAUGAUUUUGAUUGAGGAGAUAGUAGCAAGAAAAAUAUUUUCUGCCUUAUCCAAAUUAACGUCUGUGCCCUUUUUUCUUUCUCCGCAAUUAGAUAACGACAGCGUCGAAAUGGCGAAAGUGGUUUACAAAAUCACCUCCAACAAUCAAUCCCAACUACUCAGCAACGACGUUUGCGUCUUUUCUACAAAAGAAAUCUACUUUCAACUACCAGUUUAUCGUAAAUUUAUUGCAGUUGGAUUUACAGUUGGGCAGACGGCCGACUUUGCAACUGGUCUAAAUAUUUUUGGCAUGCACCAUAAAGGAAAUAUAUUGUGUAUUAGCUUUAGAAACGUCAUUGCGGUCGCCUCACCUUCCACUUUCACUUUUAACUGUUCAACAGAAAUAGUUGCGAAAUACGUGGCAAUCUACUCGAGCAACGAAUAUUUGAAAGCCUGCAACUAUUACGUAAUAGCUAAGCAGGCGAAAGUCGAUAUUCUAGCAUUCAAUCGGAUGGAGAAAAUGAAUAGGCGGAUAAAGACCAAUCUACUAUAUUUCGCCAUAAACAACGUAGGCUUUUUGGAAUGCUAUUAUUCUUGUAUAGAAGACAACGAAUGUGAAAGUAUGAUGUAUUCAACUACAGAAGAAAGAUGUCAUUUUUCCCGUUUUCGAAUGUUGCACAAUGUAUCAUCUCAAUUAACUGAAAAUACAAUGAACGAUAUUUUCUAUAUAUUGUACACGUACGAAAUAGAUUUCUCAACUCAUUGUUCCCCCAUCUAAAUGAUGAAAAAACAUUGCCACUUUUCAAUAUUCAAUCAUGUUUGUUUGUUUGUAUUGUGUUCAAAAAUAUUUUAUCAAUCAAUAAUACAAACAACUUGCAUGUAUCUUUUCCAUAUUUUUCAAAUGGUUAAACAUCUCUAGCCGUUGAUUUUCACUCAAUGAACACCUUGUAUAUUUCAACAUUUUCAAGCAUUUCGACGAACUCAUCAAUCCAUUUAAUAUCGCUUCUAAUUCUAAAUUAAUAUUCACGCCAAUCAAAUUAACUUGUUCUAAACAGGUGCAAGCUGCCAAUAAGUCGCUCAAAUGUCUCAAAUUUUCAAUCGUUAGUCCGCAUCCCUCAAAAGAAAUAGUCGAAAGUGACAAACACGAACGUCUGAGGCCUUGGCACACUAACCUAAAUCCUUCGCCAAAAUUACCGUUCAUACUUAAAUUGACUCGUUGCAACGACUGGCAUUCGUUAAAGAGAUUACCCAACCAAUAGUCUUUUUCUCCGCUAAGCCGACAACCCUUUAAACUAACAAUUGAGAGAGAAUAACGAGAAUUUUUCAAUCCGUUGCAUAUCAUCUCAAAUCCUUUGCCGAGAUUAUCGUUUUCGCUCAAGUUAAUUUCGCUUAAUGAAUUACACUCGAAUAGGAAAUUGCCCAACCAACAGCUCUGCUCCCCGCUCAAAUUGCAACCUUCAAAAUCAACACUUGUAAGAGAAUGAGCCGACGAUAUCAAUCCCAUACAUAUUCUCUGGAAUCCCAUAUCAAACUGUUCGUUAGAGCUUAGGUGUAUCCGUUGCAACAUUAUACAUUCCACCAACAGAUUGCCUAACCAAACACUUUGGUCUCUGCUCAAUUCGCAUUUAUACAACGAAAUGUUCAACAGAGAACGACACGAAGAUUUCAAACCAAAACAUAUCUUCUCGAAUCCCAAUUUCCAGACUGGAUUCCUAUCUAGAAAGACGGUUUGUAGCGAGUCGCAUCGCUUCAAGAGUUCACUCAACCAAACGCAUUGUUCUGCACUUAAGCUACAAUCCGAAAAAUCGACAGUCAACAGGCGAUGCGCCGACGAUCUUAGGCCCUGACUUAUAUUCCUAAUUCCUUCUCCGCAGUUCCUAUUCUCCGCCAUAAAAAAGUCUUCCAGCGAAGAGCAUUCGUUUAGAAACUCUCCUAGCCAAAUGCAUUGCUGUUCGGAAAAAUCGCAAUUAGACAAGUUGAUCCGUUGAAGACAAUGAGCGGACGACUUUAAUCCUUCGCAUAUCUUUCGGAACGACUUUCCCCAUUCUCCAUUACUAGACAAAUCCACAGAACGUAAGGCAGUGCACUGCUCAAAAAAGUUCCCCAACGCCAAGCAACUUUCAUUUUCCCACAGAUUCAUCGAACUGAGGUCGAUCUUCAACAAGGAAUUGCCAAAGGCAGUCAAACGACUCAGCACUUGCCCAAUCAUGUACGGUGACAUUUCAUUAUUAUUAAACUUGCAAUCCUGCAAUGAAUGGCAUUCCGCCAACAAAUCACAAAGCCACGAACACUGCAAUUCGGUAUGGAGACAUUGGUCACAGUUAAUGGCGGAUAGUGUACGACUAGACGACGAUUGUAAUCCAUUGCAAAUCAUCCGAAACCCCCUACCGAGAUUGAUGUUGCCGAAAAGAUUAAUUUCGGUUAAGCUGUCGCACUUCCUUAAAAAAUCGCCGAACGACGAGCACUGUUCUUCGACUAGGUUGCAAAAUGAAAAGUCAAGUGUCCUUAACGAUUCGGACGACUGCCUUAAACCGUUGAAUAUUUCUGCAAAUCCAUCUCUCAACUCUCUAUUCGCUCUGAUGUUAACCGCUCUCAACUUGGUGCAAACUUUGAAUAAAUUUCCCAAGAAAUAGCCGUGUUGACGCGUUAAACAACAGUUGGAAAAGUUGAUUUCCAACAGGGAAUUAGCGGACGACUUUAAUCCAUUGCAAAUGUAUUGAAAACUAUAAUCCAUAUUGUCAUUGCUUGUCAUAGCGAACGACUGUAUGGAAUGGCAGUUGGAUAACAACGUACCUAAUCGCUUACAUUCCUCCUUUCCAAAUAGGCAGCGUUCAAAUUUCAAACUUUUUAUUGAUAAAGGUAUCGGUAGAUUGAACAUUGAAUGAAAGUUAAUUAAUGACAAACUCUCAAUUGAACAGUUAUUUAGAAAACGGAAGUCCUCAAUUCCAUUGAAUUUACGUUUUUUCAAAGAAAUGUGGUCCAAUUGAAAAAAACAAACAUUUUCAAAGAAAACCAACUGUUUCUCGACGAAUGGUUUUUGCCCAUUUAUCGCAAAUUGAAAUAUUUCAGAUGCAAGAUAACUUGGUAUAUAUAAGGAAUUCUUUUCACGUAACCCAUUCAACAAAUGUAGACUUUCUCCUACACAAUUCAAUGCCAACAGCUUUAAAGAACUUACAGUCAUUUCAAACAAUUGACAACAAUACCAACAUUCAAAUAUCUCAACCAGUAAAUGUACUUGAUACUAUCUUAUCGUUGUCCCGCGGAAGGGACAGUGUCCAAAAUUUUGGAAUUCUAUUUGAUAAUAUGACGAAAAUUUUUGUCCAAUGUUUACGUUUCUAACUUUUCCACACCAGUUAGGCUUGGGAUAAAAUCAGAAAAAGGCCACCACAGUCGGUUCUCGUUAGAUUCGGGAAAGUACCUCGACGCCAACAGAGAAAACUAUUAAUGUUUGCUUAGUAUCGCUCAGAGAGAGAGAGAGAGAGAGAGAGAGAGUCUGAAUUGAAUGGAAACAUAGAGAAUAGAGAUAGUUUACUCGUAAUUUAGAAGGCCUAGAAACAAAUGAAAUUAUAUUAGAUAAUUCUAUUAUUAAAAGCCAUGAUCCUGAAUUGGGAAUUCUGAAUUCUCCUUGAAGAGAAUUCUCGUUUCCUGAACAAAACUAUCUUGAAACUUUCCUAUGUGAUAGGAAGAAGAGAACGAUCUAACCCUAUAUCAUCACCAGUUGGCGUCUCUUCAAAGCACAACAAUAAACAGGAAGCGCGCAUUUGUUGAAUUUAUUGAGCGGGAAUGAUAAGAAUUGAAUGAAAAUAAUUAAAAGUCUUACACUGAGAAAAGAGUAGCAGCAAAAACAUAGACUUUUUCUCCAGUCAACAUUCACUUAAAGAAGAUAAUCAACGAUAAAACAAGAAAUGUUUGUCAGUUCAACAGCGCUGAAAGAGUUUCAAUUAAACAGUUGUUUGUGCACCUUGCAUAAUAGAUUGAUAAGGAGGCGGCGGAGAUUCUUCACCUCUAACGUUUGUCAUCCGAAUGCAGUCUUCGUAUCGUGGUGCUGGUAUUAUUGGGUGCAUUGAACUACGUCCUGCAGCGUAUCCCUCGUCCCUACUUUACGAGAAUAGAAUAGAAUGGAAUAGAUUAAGAAAAAACUGAAACAAACGAUAUACCUGUCUUGCAUUUCGUACUGUUCCGAUAAUCUUUCGAUAGUUCUGCCCGGCCAAAAGUAAUACGAGUAUUUUGUUAAGAUUGAUGAUUGGCGGCGAAGAGAGAAGAAGAAGAAGAAGACAAAUUAAUUAAAAAAGAAAACAACAAGAGAAAGAAAGAAAAGAGUAUACGUGUUUGUUUGUUUGUUUGUUUGUUUGUUUUUGUUUACCUUUCGUUGCCUGAAUGAUGAGGAUUUGAUCUAAUUGAGAUAACUAAAAUAUCAGCGUUUGGCGAAUUUCUUUGGCGUAAUUCUUGACAAACUCUAGAAACUUUACAAUAAUAAAUAAAUAGGACAAUUAGCUGAAAAGCAGCGAUUGCCGGAUAAAACGUCACAUAUUUUAGGAUAUGGAGGUGAGGCAGAAAUUCAGUCAAGCGAUUUGUUCUAUCAACAUAUAUACUGGCUAUUAUCAAUGAUAAUAGUUGGAGUGAAAGGCACAGAUAUAUACAAUAUUUUGUUAUUGUACUAUAUCUUUCAACAUUUAAAAGUUGCUUCAACACAAGAAUUCCCGAUAUGAGAAGAACAAAAUUACUAAAUACCAUUACGACAAGCCAUACUGAACAUAGUUUGAACAGGUUCCUAUAAAAAAAUUCAUGAAAUUUCGCCUGAAAAAUUUGCUCAUUCUAUUCAAAUAACAAAACACUCACAUUCCAUUUUCAUCUACAACCUCCGCUUCCUUACUUACGUUCAUCGCAAUCUCUCUUGCCUGACGCUUUGCCUGCCCGUAUUCAGCCAUCCACAAUGGGCCAACCAGUAAAUUUAUUAACACUAGUGGAUAGAACAACACCAUCAAUAACACGCUUUUCAGCAUAUUCCAGUUUGUGGUGUGUUUUGUUUGUUUGUUUGUUUGUUUGUUUGUUUGUUCGUUCUCUGAGGGAGAAAAGAAAAAAGGAUAGAUUAGCGCUAAUUUGUAGUAAUCCUUCCUCUUAUCCUUUUAAACGUGUAAAAAACAACUAUUGUACUUUGAUUGAUGUUUUAUACUGAGCUAUAGGCCUAGUUUUUUUGCGUUAUCUCUAAUCAAUUCAAUUGAUAAUUUGUUAUCAAGUAACAAUUAUUAAUAAAUUUUUAAUCAUCUGCCGACAAG